CCACCAGCAUCAUCACCACCACCAGCAUCUGCACGACCUCCUUCAACCCCAGCAUCACCACCACCUUCACCUCCUGCAUCACCCCCACCAUCCCCUCCUGCAUCACCCCCACCAUCCCCUCCUGCAUCACCCCCACCAUCACCACCUACGUCAUCUUCACCACCUCCAUCACCUCCUGCUGCGCCUCCGCCAGCUGUUACUUCACCUUCCCCUCCAGUCUCAUCCCCCCCUCCACCAUUGCCAGACUCUCCUCCUCCCCAAGCCCCACCGACCCCUCCAUUGGCAACUCCACCUCCCUCUCAAGAUGUUUCACCUUCUCCACCUCCUCCAGUUAAUGUUCCAACCCCACCUUCAUCUGAUCCUCCAUCUCCACCUCCACCAGUAAUAGAACCGCCAAAAGCUUCUCCAUCACCCCCUAAUAUCACACCUCCACCAUCUGGUUCACAGUCCAGCCCUCCACCUUCCACAACUACAUUGCCACCACCACCUCUUUCAGUGCCUUCAACCUCUUCAUCGCCUACAAGUUCUCCUCCUGCUCCUCCAAGCAAUUCCUCAACUGGUGGAAUUCCAAGUUUGUCACCCUUACCUGAUGUUCCUGUGGAGAAACCAACUGCUCGAUCAACAAAUGGCACUGCAGAAGUGACGAACACUGCAUCCUCAGGUUCUGCUGGUUUGAACACUGGUGGUGGGGUUGCCAUAGGCAUUGCCUUUGGGUUUUUAGCACUUACUCUUCUUGUAAUGGCUGUGUGGUUUGUUCAGAAACAAAAGAAAAAGAGAUCAGCAGAAAAUAUUGGAUAUACCAUGCCUUCUCCAUUUGCAUCCUCUCAGAAUUCAGAUAUAGCAUUUUUACAGCCCAAUUCUAUCGCCCCUCAUGCCAGAAGUGGCUCUACCAGUGAUUUCAUGUAUUCACCAUCAGAAUCAGGUGUAGUGAGCAAUUCAAAAUCAUGGUUCACAUAUGAAGAACUGUUCCAGGCUACAAAUGGUUUUUCAGCCCAGAAUCUUUUGGGUGAAGGUGGAUUUGGUUGCGUAUACAAAGGUGUACUUCCAGAUUUAAGAGAAGUAGCUGUGAAACAAUUGAAAAUUGGUGGUAGUCAGGGGGAGCGUGAAUUUAGAGCAGAAGUUGAAAUUAUUACCCGAGUGCAUCAUCGGCAUCUGGUUUCACUGGUUGGCUACUGUAUAUCUGAGCAUCAAAGGUUGCUUGUCUAUGACUAUGUACCAAACAACACUCUGCAUUACCAUCUCCAUGAUGAAAAUAGGCCCAUCAUGGAUUGGGCCACCCGAAUCAAAGUCGCAGCAGGUGCAGCUCGUGGGAUAGCUUACCUGCAUGAAGAUUGCCAUCCUCGCAUUAUUCACAGGGAUAUUAAGUCAUCCAACAUUCUUCUGGAUAGCAAUUUUGAAGCCCAGGUUUCAGAUUUUGGGCUUGCAAAAUUAGCUUUGGAUUCAAAUACUCAUGUAACUACACGUGUGAUGGGAACCUUCGGAUAUAUGGCUCCAGAAUAUGCAACAAGUGGCAAGUUGACUGAAAAGUCUGAUGUUUAUUCGUUUGGGGUUGUGUUAUUGGAACUUAUUACAGGUCGCAAACCUGUGGAUGCUUCUCAGCCAUUGGGUGAUGAAAGCCUGGUUGAAUGGGCUCGACCUCUGCUUGGUCAAGCACUUGACAACGAAGACUUUGAAGAGUUGGUAGAUCCAAAGCUGGGAAAUAACUAUAUUGAUACUGAAAUGUUUCGGAUGAUUGAGGCAGCUGCAGCUUGCGUGCGCCAUUCAGCUGCAAAAAGGCCAAGAAUGAGUCAGGUGGUGAGAGCUUUAGACUCAUUAGAUGAAGGUUCGGACCUCACCAAUGGGAUGAAACCUGGUCAGAGUGGAGUCUUCGAUUCAGCGCAACAUUCUGCACAAAUCCGAAUGUUCCAGAGAAUGGCAUUCGGUAGUCAAGAAUACAGUUCGGACUUUUUCAAUCAAACUCAGAAUAGCUGGAGAAGUCGACAACAUGGGGAUGGGAGUACCUAUAGACCAUAAUAACCGUCAGAAAUGAAGCAAUUGAGGCAAGCCAGCACAAAGUGCCAUAAAAUUGUGUAAAAGAUUUGGAAGCAGCAUUUUUGGAGAGAAGGUAUAAGAUAUUUGGAUUGUUGCUAGGAUGUGUUUCAAAGUAUUCGGACCAGGUCCUCAUGCAUGUUUCAUGUAUAAUCUCUUCCAUUUUCCCGGGUUUCAUGACCAAACACUGAGUUUGCCUGGAUGCAUACAUCUACUUGUUUACUAUUCUUUUUGAGUAUAGAAUAUACCUCACUUCUUUGUAUUAAAAUCUGUUAAUUCUUAAUAUAGAGAUCCUUGGAAUUGUAUCGA